ACACACACACACGCACACACACACACGCCUACCUCUCUCCCUCUCCCUCUCCCAGUCUCAUUCCAGCACUCCGCCGGCUAAUUAAGCGCUGCCUAGGCCGGGCCCGGGCCGGUGCAUAAUAUUGUAAUGAGGUAGGAGGGCUCAGCCCAGCUGCCCCAGCAUGAGGGGCAGCCCCCGAGCCCGGUGCCAGGAACUAGGAAGCAGCCGACUCUUUUAUUGGACUGGAGCAUAAACACCCAGAGGCAGAAAGGAAGGAGCCAGCCGGGCUGCGGGGCUGCCUGGGAAGCCGGACCAUGAGCAGGGUGUAGGUGCCUUAACCGAUCUCUCGAAGAGCAGUGGCUGGAGUUGGCCGGAGAUGGGCAAUCAGUCGGGGCGCCCAGAGGAGCUGGAACAAGGAACAAUUUCAUCCACCAAGAGAACGGGGAUUCCAGCUCCUCGAGAACUUUCCACGCCUGUCUCCAGAGAGAGAUCUGCCCUUCGAGGUCCCACCAGUGCAAAGAAACCAAUCCCCAGUCCGAUAUCCUCCAGUACCCCAACUCCUACCAAGCACUUAAGGGGCACCAAUAAAUCCAAGCAGGAGAAUGAAUCUGGGGACAAGGCAUUGCUGGAAUCCCAGGUCCGGGAACUCCUGGCAGAAGCCAAAACAAAAGAUUUUGAAAUCAGCAGGCUCCGAACUGAACUCAAGAAAUUCAAAGACAAAGCAUCCCCAACUGUCAUAGAAGGAACCGAUGCUUUUGACCAGAAUGGCGAUGGAUUGCCAACCUCCCCUGGGGAUCUAGAUCCUUUGAUAAGAACUCUUCAGGAGAAGAAUAGAAAUUUCCAAAAAGAGCUGGUAGAUCUGGGGGAAGAAAACCGGGCUCUGAAAGAGAAAUUGGCGUACCUGGAGCAUUCCCCUAGCUCCGAGGCGGCCACGAGCAAUGAUGGGGGCAGCAGCCUGCCCACACCGACUACUCAAGAGUCGAGCUUUGGAAGCCCGACGAAAAACCAGCUCUCAGGGGAAACGGAGGAGUAUAAACAGACUCUGACCGGGAAUACCUUAAGAACCUCAGGGUCCUCGAGCAGUGACGUGACCAAGGCUUCUCUGUCCCCUGAUGCUUCCGAUUUUGAGCACAUAGCCGAGGCUCCUUCUAGGCCCCUGUCCUCAGGCAGCAAUCCUUUCAAGAGCCCCCGGUGCUCCACGGGCGGCAGCUCCCCCAACAACAUUAGCGAGCUGUCUGUAGCUUCUCUCACUGAGAAAAUCCAGAAGAUGGAGGAGAACCAUCACAGCACCACGGAAGAACUGCAGGCUACCCUGCAGGAGCUGUCAGACCAGCAGCAGAUGGUCCAAGAGCUGACAGCCGAGAACGAGAAGCUGGUGGACGAGAAGACCCUUCUGGAGACGUCCUUCCACCAGCACAGGGAGCGGGCCGAGCAGCUGAGCCAGGAGAACGAGAAGCUGAUGAGCCUCCUGCAGGAGCGGGCGCAGGAGGAGGAGUCCGGCGGCACCGACAACAAGGUCCUGGAGCUGGAGCAGAAGUGUACUGAGAUCCUGGAGAAUGCCCAGUUCGAGAGGGAGAAGCUACUCAACAUCCAGCAGCAGCUGACAUGCAGCCUGCGGAAGAUCGAAGGGGAGACCCAGGGCGCCGCCGAGGUGAUCAAGCGUUUGCAGGAGGAGAACGCGGAGCUGAACGGCCUUCUGGAGAUGGAGCGGCGCAACAGCGGCCUGACGGCCAAGGCCCUCGAGGACUGCCGCGUCAAUCUGGAGGCACUCAAGAUGGAGAACGCCUCCCUGAAGGCCCAGCUGGAGAGCGAGAAGCAGAAGGCGCUGGAGCUGAGCGCCACGGGCCACACCAGGGACGCCUCUGACGUGCAGGAGAAGCUCAAGGCGGCCCGGGCGGAAAAGGACCAGCUGGAGCGGUCCUGCCUGGAGCUCAAGCAAGAGCUGCUGAAGGCCAGCAGUGAGAGUCAGCACUUCCAGAGCAUGCUGGCCAAGGUGGAGAAAGAAUGUGGUUACCUAAAAGAGGUCUGUGACCGGCAGGCUGAGCAGCUGAGUCGGACCAGCUUGCAAUUGCAAGAGAAAGCCUCGGAGAGUGACGCUGAGAUCAAGGACAUGAAGGAGACCAUCUUUGAGCUGGAAGAUCAGGUGGAGCAGCACCGAGCGGUUAAGCUGCACAAUAACCAGCUGAUUAGUGAACUCGAAAAUAACGUGAUGAAGCUUGAGGAACAGAAGCUGGAGCUGGAGCGGCAGCUGAAGGCUCUGACAAAGCAGAUAAAGGAGGAGACAGAGGAAUGGAGGCGCUUCCAAGCUGACCUCCAGACGGCAGUGGUGGUGGCCAAUGAUAUCAAGUGUGAAGCCCAACAGGAGCUUCGUACAGUCAAGCGGAAAUUGCUGGAGGAAGAGGAGAAGAACGCCAAGCUCCAGAAGGAGUUGGGGGCCGUGCAGGGGAACAGCAGGCCUGUAAAUGAAGAGCCAGACUCCCCAGAAAUGGAUGGCCCCAGCCGGUGGCAAGGGGUCUGUGUGAGCAGAGCUUCCCCGACGCCUUCAGAGUCAGCGGCUACUGUUAAAUCACUUAUCAAGUCAUUUGACUUGGGAUGCUCAGGUGGCCCUGGGCAGAGUGUCUCUGUGCACAAGACCCCCCGGAGUCCCCUCAGUGGAAUUCCAGUGAGGACAGCACCAGCAGCUGCCGUCUCCCCCAUACAGAGACAUUCUACCUACAGCAGCAUAAGGCAAGCCGGAAAGGGGAUGGCUAAGCUCUCAGACCUGCCAGACCUCCCGCUCACAGACAUCCUAAAGGGAAGAAACGAGGACCUGAAACCUGACCAUUACCUCCGUAAGAGCCCCUCGCUCGAGUCCCUGAGCAGACCCCCUUCACUGGGCUUCAGUCAUGCCAGGUUGCUGACUCCUACCCCUGGGGGCUUGAAACCACAGAGCAAACUCAGUGUGGAAAGAAAGGAUCCACUGGCUGCCCUGGCCCGGGAAUAUGGUGGCUCCAAGCGGAAUGCAUUGCUAAAAUGGUGUCAGAAGAAGACAGAAGGCUAUCCGAACAUCGAUAUCACCAAUUUCAGCAGCAGCUGGAGCGACGGCCUGGCCUUCUGCGCCCUCCUUCACACCUACCUGCCUGCGCACAUUCCCUACCAGGAACUCAACAGCCAGGAGAAAAAAAGGAAUCUCUUAUUGGCGUUCCAGGCUGCAGAGAGUGUUGGCAUCACCCCCAGUCUGGAACUCAGUGAGAUGCUGUACACGGAUCGUCCUGACUGGCAGAGUGUUAUGCAGUAUGUGGCCCAGAUCUACAAGUACUUUGAGACCUAAUCCCCUUGGGAAGAGAGAGAUGGAGGAGGAGGAGAGACAGGAGAAAGGGGAAUGCCACAGAAGCACUCGAUCACUUUAUAGAGGAAACAAAAGGAAAAGAAUUCUGGUUCUGAAGAGAGACUCUUUGGUGGGCCAGAAUGAACUGCAAAGAGAGUGAGACAGUGGCCAAAUACACAAACACAUCCAAGACCUCCCAUAGGCACACACACACACACACACACACACACACCCUGAUCAGUCAAGGAGAAAUGGCCACAUCUAAGUCAGAGAAAGUUUUCCAUUCCAUGGGAUGGGUCUAAAGGGAAUGACCUCAUUCUAGACAUCACAGUUCCCUCUGGGACCAAGGUCCAUUCUGGCCAAGCCCCGCCUUCUAUAUUCAACCACUCCAUACACGGUCUUAGGCUGCUAUCUGCAGAGAUGACAGACUGCCACAUGACAGCUGGAAGUUUUUGCUCUAUCAACUCUCAGAUUCCUACCCCCCCCCAAAAAAAAAAGAUUUUUAGAAGAAACCUUGAUCCCCACCUUUCCAAACAUUAAACUCUCUUGUUGAUUUCCAUCUGCCCUGCCCCUCACCCCCUCCAAAAAUGCAGAAACAUGCAUUCUUUCAUAGUCAAGACAGAUGGGAGCCAACUAGGAGAUGGGAUAUUAUUGUUGAGAGUGAGAUUCCCAAAGCCCAGAGAACAGGUAUGUCCUGCACAUGUGACUAAGUGUGGGAAUUCCUACCCUCCAGUACCAUGCUCAGAUGUGGGAAUGAUACUCUUGGGCCUGUAUAUAGCUGUAGAAGGAGGCAUCAUUUCCAUGGGUUGUCUUAUAGGUGGGUAGACCUAUAGGCUAAGUGGAUAUGUCCAUGCAUGAGCCCCUCUCUCAAUCUGAAUGCCCAGAGCCUCUCCCGGUCACUGACCCUCUCACAGGACUGCUGCUGAGAUGGAUAAGCACUUGUGGCCAUCUAAUCAGACACACACACACACACACUUAUGUGUGACCCCUUCUGUGGGCACAGCAACAUCUCCUGCAUGUGGCUAGCCGGUGAAAAGGAGGGUCACCCACCAUGAGUCUGAACCUGCCCAGGUCUGUCUAAUGAAAAUGGAUUUGAGGUGACCCUCUACAGAUAGCUGGUGGUUAUUUCCCAAGGGAAACUGGGCAGGUUGCAACUGAACAUGAGAUCCCAGCUUUAGAAAUGCUACAAUUUCCCAAGAUGUGUCCCAUCCCCUGGGCAAAACGAAGUUGGGAGAAGUGGGUGGGAGUUUCUGUGGGGGGAAAUGGAUUGGUGGCUUCAUUUCUACUAGAACUAAAGAAUAGAGACACAUACUUUUAGUGACCAACCGUGUUUUCUUGAAGAAGUCUGAUCCUUUAUCAAAGAGCCCUCAUCUGCUCAGAAAUGCUAGGAACAGGGGACUGUUGGUGGAUGUCCUGAGCUGUAUGCCAGGCAGGGUGAAUGAAUGUCUUUAACUUCAUCAAGAAAUUCAGAAAAAUGUAUAACUAGUGACGUGGCACUUACAUAUGAAGCCUAAAUUCUGGGUGAUGGUCCAUCUGAAAGUUGAAACACAUUCGGUGUUUAAAGUAUUGACAUGCCUGUGGGGAGUGGAGGGUGGGGAUCUGUCACAGCUGACCCCCUAAACUAUAUGGUGAAAGUGGAGUACAAAUGAGGCUCAAGCUGUGAGUCUGGGCCCCUAUUAGACAUUUUAUUCUGAGAUAGAGAAGUCUUAUUCUAACUUGUACAGGGCUAUAACUACCAGUAUUAGGGUCUAGACAAGCCCCAUAAACCAUGCCCUCCAGUCAACCAUGGCUGUCUAAAAGAGACCUAGGAUGCUGACUCCAUGGGAGGAAAGACUCCCCAGGACGCUGGGAAGUGGGAUAGAGGUAGACAUAGGACAUCAGCCAAGUGGGAGUGGGGGGAGGAGGGUAAGGGGAGAGAGACUCCAGGACACUGUGCUGCAGCUGCUUCAGAGGGAGAAGCAAGAUGGAAUGAGCUAGAGCUCCCCUGACCUCUGGGGGAGGGGGAAUAGAGAAGUGUGCCUUCUUGUAGCUUCCUGGUAUGGCCAGUUUCACUGGUUAACUAACCAAUGUCUUUGCUGUUGAAGGAGUAAAAAUGAUAUCAAAAUAUAAAUGUAUUGGAUUUUAAAA